UAUUCCUUAAAAUUAUCAAACAAAUCCACGCCCGGUCAAAUCGAAACAUUCUUCUCCUCAUUUUCUCUUUUGGAUUUCCCACACCUUCGUUCGUUAACAUUAAUUCAGAUCGAUAAAAAUGUUUCAUUUCAAUUGCAAUCAAUUUUACCUCUUCUUUCACAAUUGAAUUCAUUUCAUCUACUUGAUUCAAAUGACAUUCACCUAACACAUCCAUUUUCAUCAAAUCUUCAAAUUUUAACUAUUCCAACGAUUGUUUCGCUCUCCAAAACGUCAUCAAUUACAAACUUAACAAUUUCUGGUUGUUCUCUCGAUCAAUUAUCUUAUUACAUAUUCAAACAUUUACCUUUGUUAACCUGUCUCGACAUCAAACAUUGUUCUUCGUACUACAGUCAGGUCGGAAUUAGGUUCGACGAUGAAAGAUCGAAAGCUGUUCAUUUAAAACAGUUAAUGAUAUUCAAUUUCGAAUAUGGAUUUGAAUAUUUCAAAAACUUCGCCAAACAGAUACCUAAGUUAACAACUCUACAGCUAUGCGCUACUUCUCUCGAUAUGAUGAACGCUCAUCAAUGGAAGCAAUUGAUUCUUUCAUCACUAUCCUAUUUAACCGAUUUCAAAUUUAUCUUUUAUUAUCAAUUUCAAACGCACACUGUUGAACUCAAUACUCAAUUGAACGAAUUCCAAAAUGAAUUCUGGACUGAGCAACACCAUUGGUAUACAGAAUACUCUCUUUCAACCUGUUCAGCAACGAUCUAUACAAUUCCUUAUAUGGUAGAUUCCUAUCAGUUAGAAUACGAAUCGAAUCGAUAUGGGAAUCAACUGAUCAAUACAUUUGACAAGGUGAGAUCAUUAACAGUUUAUCAUCGAUCGAUGAUCAAGCCAGAGCAAUACUACUUUUCUCGUGUGCGGUCAUUAACAAUCAUUUCUGCAGAAGAUU